AUGGCAGAAGGGGGAUAUGAUCCAAGACACCGGAAUAGCGACAGCAGACCCCGCCAAGUUUGCAGGUUCUACUUGCGUAAUUCUUGCACCAAAGGAGACAAAUGUUCUUUUCCUCAUGUGCGCAAUGGAUCGGUAGAGAACAAUGAUGUCUGCAAAUAUUAUCAGAUGGGCUGUUGUGCCUAUGGAAAAAAAUGCAAAUUCUUACAUGUAAAAGCUGACAAACACAAAGACAAUUCACGUGGGCAGACAGCAGCUGGACCUAAUGAGAGUGGGUACGGCAGCCGAACAGCUUUUAAGGAGGUAUCUUCCCAAAUGGUCACCCUGAGAAAAGGAGGACCAGACCAGCGUAGCCAUGACCCAGAGAGGGGACGAGGCAGAAGAGAUGUUGAGGGGAAGUGGGCACAAGCACAAGACUUUGUUCCUGGGAAGAAGUUUCAUGGCUCAGUUCCCAGCAGCUAUGCAAAUGCUGUGCAGCCACAUCAACAACCACAUCAAGAUUCAACAACUUAUACAGUAUGUGAUCCAGAUUUGAUGUGUCCUUUCUUCGAACAGUCCGGUCGGUGUCCAUUUGAGGAUAAAUGUCCAUAUGCUCAUGCAUAUGUGUGUGAAUUUUGUGGCUUGCCCAAGCUGCAUCCAUCUGAUAAAGAUAAGAGAGAACAACACAUCAAGGAGUGCAUUGAAGAGCAUGAGAAGCAGAUGGAACACGCAUUUGCAGUUCAGGCUAGCAGUGAUAAGGAGUGUGGCAUUUGCCUUGAGAAUGUGGUGGAGAAAGGACCAGGAAGCACUCCUGCAUCAUCUGACAAGAGGUUUGGCAUUUUGGAGAACUGCAAUCAUUGUUUUUGCCUCAGUUGUAUCAGAACAUGGAGGCAGAAUAAAAGUGAUGUUAUUCAGACGCAACGAACUUGCCCAACCUGUCGAACUCAUUCUGACUUUGUAACGCCUAGUAAAUUUUGGGUGGAGUCACCAAAAGCAAAAAGAAAACUUAUUGAUGAUUACAAAAAAGCAAUGAGCACCAAAUAUUGCCAGUACUUCAAACGGGGUAAAGGUGAAUGCCCUUUCGAUGACCGUUGUUUCUAUAAACACGCUUUAGAAAACGGGACCAUUGUUCAUGAAAAUAUUCACAGGCGGCGGAGGCGGACAAAUGCAGCAGGAGAACGGGACGUGGAGGAGGAUUACAGUUUAUGGGACUUCAUCACCCGGAGAGAGGAGGAUGGGCAUCUGCUGUCUUUGGAUGCCCAGCUGUCUCUUGUUCUGCUGGGGAUGUUUGACAGCGAUGAUGAUGAUGACAGUAACAAUAGUUUUGCUCUGAGGUAUAACUUUCUCAACGGGGACUUUUACUUCACAGAUUCUGACACAGAUACCGAUUCCAAUUAA